ACGAUGGGAAACAAACAGACAACCUUCACCGACGAGCAGCUGGAGGCUUAUCAGGACUGCACCUUCUUCACCCGGAAAGAAAUCCUGCGGUUACAUGGCAGAUAUCGUGAACUGGCUCCACACUUGGUUCCUCUGGAUUACACCAACAGCCCCGACAUCCGAGUUCCUCUGACGCUCAUCGUCACGAUGCCUGAGCUGAAGGAGAAUCCGUUCAGAGACAGAAUCGUGGCGACGUUCUCCGAGGACGGACAGGGGAACCUGAGCUUCAAUGACUUUGUGGACAUGUUCUCUGCUCUGUGUGAAACGUCGCCCAGAGAACUCAAGAACAUUUACGCCUUCAAGAUCUACGACUAUAACAGGGACAACUUCAUCUGCAAGGAGGACCUGGAGAAGACUCUGAACAAGCUGACCAAGGGAGAGCUGACGCCGGAGGAGGUGGCGCUGGUGUGUGACAAAGCCAUCGAGGAGGCCGACCUGGACGGAGACAGGAAACUCUCCUUCGCCGACUUCGAGAACAUGAUCUCCAAGGCUCCGGACUUCCUCAGCAACUUUCACAUACGAAUAUGA